AUGUUCCGCUUCUCGCGCUCUGCGCUGGGCACAUUCAGGCGGACGCGUCUCGCGCCUGUCCACCCUCCGCGAAGGGACGCGUCGACAGCAGCCGGCCCGCCCGCCGCGCCCGUCUCGCCGCUGCAGAUAACGCUCCGCGAAUACCAGGAGGAAUGCAUCCAGGCGGUGCUGUCGUAUCUCGACAAGGGCCACAAGAGAUUGGGCGUCUCUUUGGCCACAGGGGCUGGAAAGACGGUCAUCUUCACGCACCUGAUCGACCGCAUCCCCGCCGUCCAUCCUGCGUCGCAGACGCUCAUCCUCGCCCACCGCCGCGAACUGGUCGAGCAGGCCGCCCGCCACUGCACCCUCGCAUACCCGCACAAACACGUCGACAUAGAGAUGGGCAGCCACCACGCGUCUGGCGCGGCCGACAUCACCGUGGCUUCCAUCCAGAGCAUCAUGUCUGGCGACCGGGUGCUCAAGUUUGAUCCCUCGAGAUACAAGCUGGUGUUGGUGGACGAGGCACACCAUAUUGUGAGCCAACAGUAUCUCGACGUCAUGGAGCAUUUUGGGUUGCGACAUGCCGCAGACUGGGACCAGGUCGCAGCCCCUGCUCUAGUGGGUGUAUCUGCCACCUUCUCGCGCUUCGACGGCCGAAAGCUCGGCGCUGUUAUUGAUCACAUUGUGUAUCAUCGCGACUACGUAGACAUGAUCGAAGAGAACUGGCUUUCCGAUGUGGUCUUCACGACAGUCGAGACCAAGGCUGACUUGACCGCGGUCGGGACUGGGACCAAUGGCGACUUCCAAACCGGUGCCUUGUCGCGAGCCAUCAAUACCGACCAGACAAAUGAGCUCGUAGUGAAGGCGUGGAUGGCUAAAGCAAAAGAGCGAAAGUCCACCAUCAUCUUCUGCGUUGAUCUUAGCCACGUCGCGAAUUUGACCGCCAAGUUUCGUCAGUACGGUAUCCGAGCACAAUUCGUCACCGGAGACACGCCCGCUAAGACCCGCAGUGCCCGGGUGGACGCUUUCAGGAAUGGAGAGUUUCCGGUGCUCCUCAACUGCGGUGUUUUCACUGAAGGGACCGAUAUACCGAACAUUGAUUGCGUCCUCUUGGCUCGGCCGACCAAGUCCCGCAAUUUGCUUGUGCAGAUGAUCGGCCGAGGGAUGCGAUUGCACAAGGGUAAAGAGAAUUGCCACAUCAUUGACAUGGUAUCAGCUCUCAACACAGGUGUUGUCUCUACGCCUACCUUGUUCGGCCUGGACCCUGCUGAGAUCGUGGAAAAGGCAGACAUUAAAGUCAUGGCGGAACUCAAAGAACGGAAGGACCAGGAAAAGCAGCGGGAGCAGGAAGCGUCCGAGCUUGAGAGUCCACUUGCCCCAAGAAAGCUGCCCGGAUCCAUCACGUUCACCGACUAUGACUCGGUGCAUGAUCUGAUCGCAGACACUUCAGGAGACCAGGUCAUCCGAAGAAUCAGCGAAUUUGCCUGGGUUGGUGUUGGCGAUGGCAAAUUCGUCCUAGGCACUAACAGCGGGAACUACCUCGUUAUAGAGCCCGCGGGCACUAGAGAGGGCGGGUUUCGAGUCAAGUACUACUGGAGACUUCCUGCUGGUGUGAAGGCUAAGAGCCCAUAUGCUACUCCCAGAGUGGUGGCAGAGGGCGAAUCAUUCGAGCAUGUUGUGCACGCCGCCGAUACUUUUGCCUCGGAAGCUUUCGAGUAUAAAUGGAUAUCGAAAAAUCAGUCAUGGCGCCGGAGCCGAGCCUCGCAAGCCCAAGUGGACUUUCUGAAUAAGUUCCGCUCGGAGGAAGAUCAGUUGAGACCAGAUGACCUGACCAAAGGCAAAGCAGGUGACAUGAUUACCAGGAUCAAACACGGAACGAAAGGGAGAUACGAUAAAGCCCACGCGAAGCAGAAAACCAAAGAUCGAAUGAGAGAAAGGACAGAAGCAAUUCGGAAACGGCUUCAUGGUCAGGUCCGGGUCGGACCACUGUCUGCAGAAAGGUUCAUGGGCUAA